AUGAUUAUUUGGGGUCUCAUUUCCCUCUUCCUCUUCACUGCAGCUCGUGGAACACCCAUCGGAGACCAGGAUGAAGAUAUCCAAGUGGAGGAGAAUUUUCAGGCUGAGCAGAUGUAUGGGAAAUGGUUUGACAUUGCCAUUGGCACGACCUGCAAGUGGAUGAAAAACUACAAGGAGAAGUUCAGCAUGGGCACACUGGUGCUGGGCCCUGGCCCCAGCGCUGACCAAAUCAGCACUACGAGCACCAGGCUGAGGCAAGGUGACUGCACACAAGUCUCAGGGGAGUACCAGAAAACCAGCACCCCUGGCAAAUACACCUACUACAACCCCAAAUGGCAUGUGUCUAUCCAGUCCUAUGUGCUCCGUACCAACUAUGAAGAAUAUGCUGUCAUUCUGAUGAAGAAGAAAAGCAGUUUUGGUCCAAGCACCACCCUGAAGCUGUACGGGAGGAAUCCAGAGCUGCGGGAGGACCUCAUUGAGUCUUUCCAUCAGCUGGCUCUGGAGAUGGGCAUCCCUGAAGACUCCAUCUUCAUCCUGGCCAACAGAGGUGAAUGUGUUCCUCAGGAGACUGAAAAUGCUCCCCAGAGGGCACGGAGAGCAGUCCUGCCCCUGGAGGAGGGCUCAGCUGCAGGACCCCUGCCCAAUUACAUUGGCAAUAAGGAAGACUCGUGCCGGCUGAGCCAGGACCCCGGGCCCUGCAGCGGGAUGCUCUCCCGCUUCUUCUACAACUCCUCCUCCAUGGCCUGUGAAACUUUCCUCUACGGAGGCUGUCUGGGCAAUGGCAACAACUUCUACUCCGAAAAGGAGUGCCUGCAGGCAUGCCGGACUGAGGCUGCCUGCAGGCUGCCUAUUGUCCCAGGUCCCUGCCAGGCACUGGUGACACGCUGGGCCUUCGAUGCAGCCCAGGGCAAGUGCAUCACCUUCAGCUAUGGGGGCUGCAAAGGCAAUGGGAACAAGUUCUACUCGGAGAAGGAGUGCAAGGAGUACUGCGGGGCACCUCAGCUGGCAGAGGAUGAAGAGUUCCUGCAUCUCUCAAACUGAUGCAGGCAGAGGAUGAGGCGCUGGCACCCAGCACCGG